AUGGAGUGGCAUUGCCUUUUGUUAAUUUUACUCAUCAAUUUAGGUUGCGUGGUGUCGGAGCUGAGCUUGAGAUUUAUCUUCAUUAUCGAGAUACAUGAGGUGGAUCUGCCUGAGAAGAUAGGCCGUGCUAUGAAACUAACCGAAAACGCUAAUUCGGAACUGAAAUUAAGCGACGAUAUUGUCAUAUUGGACAGAGAAAACGAGGAAGAGGGUUACAGGCAAUUGUGUUCAGCUCUUACUAAAGGAGCGUCCGUCAUCAUCGACCUAUCCUGGUCUUCUUGGGAGAUGGCGGAGCAGUUGUCCUCGGAAUCGGGAUUGCCUUUACUUCGGACGGUACUAGGGUCACAGCAACUGGUGGAUGCUCUAGACAGUUAUCUCGAAUCUAGAAACGCUACCGACGCUGCUAUUUUGUUAGAGAGUGAGAGCGACGUUGACAGAACUUUGUACGAGCUACUAGGGCGGUCCAACGUGCGAGUGUGGGUUCACGCGGGGUUAACUAAAGACUCCGCUAAAGCCUUGAAGUCAAUGAGGCCGGAGCCCAGUUUCCACGUGAUUGUCGGUGAAGGGAGAUUCGUCAGAGAUGCAUACAAACGCGCGGUCAAGGAGAAGCUGGUUCGACGCGACUACCGCUGGAAUCUGGUGCUGACUGAUUACACGGCGUCCAGCUUCGAUCUGUCGCAGCUGGUGCUGCCAACUGUCAUCCUCCAUGUCGACCAAGCUGAGUGUUGCAAGUUGCAGGGCUUGGAGGAGAGCUGCAACUGUCCUUUGGAGUUCGAGAGGAAGCAAUUCAUCUUGAACGCCCUUCUUCAGGUCGUAGCGAGUGCUUUUACCAAGCUUUCAGAUGCGACCUUUCCAUCCGUACGAUGUGGUGACCGCAGAGGAAAUGCACAUGAGUUUGGAGACAAGUUCCGCGAUCAGAUUGUGGUAGAAACUUCCAGCAAUGAUACACUUUUCUUUUGGGAUGCUGAAAGGUCUAGCCUCUUCCUACGUUCCCGGUUCAUUCUCUCCAUUUACAAGCCUGACGCUGGUCUCGAGACUGUAGGGAAUUGGUCUGCUGACGAGGAGUACAAGCUGCUUCCAGGAGUUGUGCUGGAGCCGUUGCGGAUGUUCUAUAGGAUAGGAACUGCGCCUGCUAUACCCUGGACUAUGCAGAAACAUGACCCAGUGACCGGUGAAGUUAUGGUCAAUGAGGACGGUGAGCCCAUAUACCAUGGAUAUUGUGUCGACCUCAUUGACAAAUUGUCUCAGGCCAUGGAAUUUGAUUACGAGAUCGUUUCUCCCAAAUCUGGUGGCUUCGGACAGAAACUGGCGAAUGGAUCUUGGAAUGGACUUGUGGGGGACUUGAUGAGAGGGGAGACCGAUAUAGCUGUCGCCGCCCUCACGAUGACAGCUGAAAGGGAAGAAGUGAUAGACUUUGUUGCACCCUACUUCGAACAGACUGGCAUUUUGAUUGUGAUACGGAAGCCCAUUCGCAAGACGUCACUGUUUAAGUUCAUGACCGUGCUCCGCACUGAGGUGUGGCUGAGUAUAGUCGCUGCUCUGGUGCUGACCGGGGUCAUGAUAUGGCUGCUGGAGAAAUAUUCACCGUAUUCCGCUCGGAACAACCCGGAUGCUUAUCCUUACCCAUGCCGGGAAUUCACUCUGAAAGAGAGCUUCUGGUUUGCCCUGACUUCGUUCACUCCGCAAGGCGGAGGGGAGGCACCCAAGGCUCUGUCAGGGAGGACGCUGGUGGCCGCCUACUGGCUGUUCGUGGUGCUCAUGCUGGCAACCUUCACAGCCAACCUGGCCGCGUUUCUCACAGUUGAAAGGAUGCAGACCCCAGUCUCAUCCCUGGAGCAGUUGGCGCGGCAGUCCCGCAUCAACUACACCGUGGUGGAAGGCUCCACCUCUCACCAGUACUUUAUUAACAUGAAAUUCGCUGAGGACACCCUCUACAGGGUCUGGAAAGAAAUCACCCUGAACGCGACAUCGGACCAGGCGCAGUAUCGGGUCUGGGACUACCCAAUACGGGAGCAAUACGGUCAUAUACUCCUUGCCAUUAAUGCAUCUGGACCGGUACCAGAUGCGAAGACCGGCUUCCAGGAAGUCAAUGACCAUACCGAUGCUGACUUUGCUUUUAUCCACGACUCCGCUGAGAUCAAAUACGAGGUGACACGGAACUGCAACCUGACAGAAGUCGGUGACGUAUUCGCCGAGCAGCCUUACGCGAUUGCUGUACAACAGGGCUCUCGACUACAGGAGGACCUUUCCAGGGCAUUGCUGGAAUUGCAGAAGGAACGCUUCCUAGAGCAGCUGGCUGCGAAAUACUGGAAUGAGACCGCUCGUCAAGCCUGUCCUGAUGUAGACGAGUCUGAAGGCAUUACACUAGAAAGUUUGGGUGGAGUCUUUAUUGCUACUCUAUUCGGUCUCGGUUUAGCGAUGGCCACGUUGGCAUGGGAGGUAUUUUACUAUAAGCGGAAAGAAAAAAAUAAAAUAAAGACCAUAGACGCGACCAUAGAAACCGAUCCGUUCGCGCCAAAAUUCCGAAAGAAGAUGAAAGACGGUGUUGCCAGAUUGCGAAAGCGGGAUAAAGGAAGCAUCGGGAGAAAUGUUACGAUUGGUGACAAAUUCAAGCCUGUAGCGGAAAGAGGUGGCGUGUCGUAUAUCAAUGUUUAUCCUAAGGAUGCAUACAAGCCAUAA